GCUUAUAAUUAAAUUAACGCGGUGGCAACGCGUAGCGGUUAAAAAUUUUGAUUUUGACAGUGCGGUACGACGUGAAGUUGGCUGCAGAAAUCGAAGAAAUUGUAUUUUUUCUGAAAAAAUUUCUUUAAAAAUGACGUUUAAUGCUUGUAAAAAUGGAUUAGGGUAAGGUUUAUACAGAGAUAAUCAGCGACAAAAGAGGCCUUGUGUGAACGGAGUAUUUGCGGUUACGAUUCGAUAAUUAAAAACAAACAAAAUUUCUUACUUCUCUAAAUUAUUAAAGUUUUAUGUAAAACAAACACGUGGAAAUUUACAUAAGAAAGUUGUUAAAUUAAUUAAAGAAAUAUGUUUCGCAUGCCACCACAAAUCGAUCCCGCUGAGGAAAAAAAACGAAUCCAAGAAGAUGUGCGUAACAAUUUUGUUUUCUUUGCGGUGUUGUGUGCUGCUAUCCGAAUUGCUCCUUUCGUUUUAGGUAAAAUAAGAGCAUAGCUUGUUAGAAAACAUUUGGUUAUGGAAUCAAAAAGGACAUUUAUUUCUGUCGUUUGAAAAACGAAACCUAAAUCGAUAUGUUAUCAUUAUCAAUCUUAUAUGUUAAGGUCAUCAAAUAAGUAUCGAUGAAAACAUUGAAGUCAAGAACGAAUUAAAAAUAAAUAUAUACAUACUUAUGUAUACUAUAAUACCUAUGCAUUAAUCAAAUAAAUUUCUUUAAGACAUUGAAUGUAAAAUAUAUUCCCCUGCGAAACUUGAACGUGAAAAUUGUGUUAAAGAAUUAGAUGUUUAUGGAAUACAAUGCUUCUUUGAAUUAUUUCAGACAAUAAAAUAUAUGUAUAUUAAAAAUA